UGUUCGACUAUGUGUAAAGUAACGCCACAUACGUUCCUUCAAUGUCUGAUUGAAGCGCUCCACAACUGCACCUUUUAUGUCAGGAUUACAUGUAAAACGAAAUUUUAUUUUCUUAUCAGAAAAAAAUUUUUGGACACUGUUGGCAAUAAAUUCUUUUCCCUUGUCCGUUUGUAUAGAAACAGGAACGCGCUCUUCAUUUUAUCCAUUAUACGCUUGCAAGCUUCACGAACCUGUGAUGCUGAUUUGUCUUUCAAUGGCUCUACCCAGGCAAACUUACUCAAGACAUCAACAACUACAAGUCAGCCUCCCACAUAUCAUCAAUGUUGGUUACUGUAGAAUGAAGACGCGGACAUUUACGCUUAAUGGGUCUAUGAAGUGUGAAAGUAUUCUGAGCAUUAAGCCAAUUUUUUAUUUCACUUUCAGGUUCUUUCCGAUUCCUAAUGUCCGGCAAUGCUGGUGGAGGCUGAUGAAACUUGGGAUUACCCAGAAACUCCAGAGGAAUGUUCGGACAUUGGAGAUAAACGGCAAAAUGUUCCCAUCUGUUGGAAUUCCUGGAAGCCGACAGGAUCCCAUUACUAAUACUAACGCCUGCUCACCGUCAGGCAAAAACAUAACAACCCAGUUGUUGCUAGGGGCCUACUUCGCAUUUUUUGGGUGAUGGGGCGCCACUUUCUGGACCGCUCUCAGCCAUCCGGCAUAAGGGGGAUGCCCCACCACCGACCACGAGGCCCCCCGAAAUCGACCGAUUGAGCGAUCGGGCAGCCUCGCUCGUUCACUUUCGUCCGGGAUUCAUUAGAAGCAACACGUGUCUAACCGUUUCUCAGAUAUUCAAUAAAAACUAUUCUUGGCCGCUCAAACAUUUAUAAUCAAGUUAUAAAGCACCGCUCAUUAUUUAAACUAUUAAGUUCUGUAAUUAUCAAGAUUGAUUAAUUGUGUUAGUGAUUAAAUAAGUGACGUGCCGUGUAACUUUAUCCUUUUUUUGUGGACCGCUCAAACCCACCCACACCGAUCCCCUCCGAUCCAGAACAUUCUUCCAACAUUUUCUGGUCCUUCGAGCCGGAUCGGAGGAACAUUUUGUGAUAAUUUGUGAUAAUUGUGUGAGUGUGUACGUGGGGAAAAUCGGCUCAGGGCGGGAAGCGUAGCGGCAUUGGCAGUGCCGCCCCACCAUCAACGAGGGCCCGCCCCUGCCGUCCGACAGUGUCGCCCCAACCACGCCGAGCGCCACCGGCACUUGAUAGUGCCGUCUCACCACAACCAGGGCCCGCUCCUACCAUUCGACAGUACCGACCCUCCAUCAUCGAGGGCCCGCUCCUGCCGUUCGCUCAUAGGGAUCCGCUCAUCUGGAAUUCUGGAAUACUUUUCCGGAUCAUCGUCAUCAAAACCACGUUCUGGUAAUUUUUUGGGAAUCAUUCCCAUUGACACCGCUCAAUCACAGCUGUCAGCUAUGGCCUCCUUUGAGGUUACCAUGGGGCUGAAUGCAUCGAGAGGUGCAUUCAUCGAAAGGGUGCAUAAGGAACUGCUCGAUGAUGAGGUGGACCAGCUCACCAUAACAUCCUUGCAUGCCAAGCUGGAUAUCCUCGAAACUUAUUGGGAGAAGUUCGAGGCUACUCAUGAGAAGCUCGUCGGCGGGAGCGCGAAGGUGGACAACGUCUUGGAGUUGACAUACUUCAAGGACAGCCUCUUCGAUCGGACCAUCGUACACUAUCACGAGGCCAAGGGGAUUCUGGCUCAGCUCAUAGACAGGAAGGGGGUAUCCACCGGCUCACGCCGCUCUGCCGCAGGGGGAACCGCUCAACCGUCAACGGCUAAAAGGUGCCUGCCAGAAAUUGCUCUCCCCAAAUAUUCUGGGGUAUUCUCGGAAUGGCGGUCCUUCCGAGAUUUGUUCAGCUCACUGGUCGGCUCAAACCCAGACAUUCCGAAUGUGGAGAAGAUGCAUUACUUGAGGACGAGCCUCAAGGAUGAGCCAGCUGGCAUCAUCUCCAACAUCGCCAUCUCUGAUGAUUCAUUUGCCUCUGCUUGGGAACUGCUCCUUACACGCUAUGAAAAUAAGCGCCUCCUCGUCUCGGCGCAGCUCGAGCGCCUACUCAACCCACCAGGCAUGACCGCUCACAGUGCUCGAGAGUUAAACACUCUGUUGACCACUGUCGCCGAAGCAUUGAACGCUUUGGAGGCAUUAGGGUCACCGACUGCUCAUUGGGACCAGGUCCUCGUCUACGUGGUAUCCAAACGGCUCAGCUCGAAGCUCCGAGAAGCGUGGGAGGUGAAAGUCGGGUCGUCCACCGACUUCCCCAGUUUUUCAGCCUUCAAGGACUUCCUCACCGGGAGGGCUCGUGCCAUGGAGAGCAUGGAGAUUAACACGCCCGCUCGCUCCACAGAUCAGGCUACGAGGCCCACCACCGUCAGCUCAAGAAGGCCUCCCUUGUCGGUCAAGGUGCAUCACGCAGCUGCUCCACAGCCACAGCAAGCCAGGCCAACUCCCAGGAACACUUCAUCAGGGAAAGUGACCUACCCCUGCUCAAUGUGUCAGGCAGACCACUAUCUGUCAACCUGCACAUCAUUUCGUCAGCUCAACGGUCCAGCUCGUCGGGAGAUAGUGGAACGGUACUAUCUCUGCUACAACUGUCUCGGUCGUCACUCAGUCAAGGACUGCAGAUCGCAGACGAGAUGCCAGCUCUGUGGAGGUCUCCAUCACACGAUGCUACACUCCACCUCGACCACAGCUCCACCUAAGCCCAGUCACGGGCCAUCUUCUAGGACCGCUCAAGGUACUGCUUAA